AUGAAUUUGACAUGGUUCGAUGAUGUCGUCGCCUCGAUUCCGUCGUCGUCGUCGUCGUCGCCAUCGCUGCCUUCCUCAUCGCCGACACUUCCCCUCUAUGACGCGAUCGAUGAGGAUCUGUGCACGCCGUUGAACACGUCGUGCGCGUGCCACACCGAGUACGCUUCAUACGAGCCGCUUGAGAGAUUCAUGUUGGGUCUCGUCGCGAUUCCGAUCAUCGUGUUCGGUGUGCUCGCCAACGUCACAUCGGUGCGCAUUUUCACGCAUCGCAUCAUGUCGGGCUCGUCGAUCAACUGGUAUCUCGCCGUGUUGUCGCUCAGCGACACGCUCAUUCUCGUCUCGGCGUUUUUCGUGUUGUCGCUUCCGCGAUUCGGCGAAUUUCUGACGUGGUGGCGCGCAAACUAUAUUAGCUAUUCGGUGACACCCUACAUGUAUGGAUUGAUGAACACGGCGCAGACAUGCAGCGUGUUCAUGACCGUCGGCGUCUCGGUGCAUCGCUACAUCGGCGUGUGCCAUCCGUACAAAUCGGUCGAGUUGUUGCCGAAGAAGCGCGUCACCACGUUCAUCAUCGGCCUGUUGACGUUCGCCGUUCUGUUCAACACCACGCGAUUCUUCGAGGUGCACAUCUCGAACGUGUGCUAUCGCACCAACAUCGACUACUACAUGCCGUCGCUUCAGCCGACGUCAUUGCGAAUGAGCGAUUUGUAUAGGCAAAUCUUCUUCGGUUGGGCGUACACGAUAGUGAUGUACGUGGUGCCGUUCAGUCUGCUCAUCGCGCUCAACUCGAUGGUGUUGUCGGCGGUCCGCCGCAGCCGUCGAAUGCACAUGGUGUCGCAGUGCGGCGUCGAGAGCGAGGAGUUCUCGAAGAAGGCCGAACGCAAAGAGCGACAAACGUCGAUAAUGCUCAUCUCGAUUGUGUUUCUGUUCAUCUCGUGCAACACGCUUGCGUUCGUCUGUAACAUCAUGGAGAACAUGGGCGUCGAGGGUGAAGCCUAUAUGUCGAUGGUGACGUUCAACAAUGUUCUGGUGAUUAUCAACGCCUCGUGCAAUAUCUGCAUCUACAUGCUGUUCUCCGACAAAUACCGUAUGCUGUUACGGUACUACAUGUUUUGCGAUUGGUCGCGGAAAGGCGAGCUGCUGGUGAGCUCGAUUGUGAAUUGA